ACUGUCAGUGUGCGUGCGAGAACGCGUGGACACGUGUGAGUGUGUGUGUGUGUCUGCGCCUCAGCUCAGCUGCGUCGCAGUCUUCUCGCCGCGCACCGAGGGGGUCGCACCUCUCCACGCUGCUCCCCGCUGGAUGCGUUUAAAAUAACUCUUUGAAACUUUACCUUGGAUAUACUCGCUCCUUUUGAGGAUUAUUUCGACUCGCACGCGGGACAUGUGAAUUCCUCACAGGCAGAGGGGGGAUAUACACGCUAAAAAAAAACACGGCGUCAGUGGAAAUCCACCUUCAGAUUUGAGGAACUACAAAUGCGCAGUGAUGCUUCUAGUCGCAGCUUGACUCCAGACUGGUUUUCCGAACAUCUGCAGGAAGAGCGUGUCUCCCCUGAGUGAGUAAAGUGGAGGACAGGCGACAUGGAGGAAGCGGUUUUUCGGAUUCUGGAAUGAGUAAAUGAAGGAGAAGGGAGCGGCGGAACCGAAUCUACACCCGAGCGGAGCUGCGCAAAAUGGAUCCAUCAGAGGUUAAAGAAUGAACGGAUGAGGAGGCGGCGCCCAUCUUCACCACACACACAGAGGCCGCAGCAUUCGUCCGUGGGUGGAGGAGGAGUUUGUUGCCCAAACCAGGCAGUGAAGGUCAGCGCUCAAACUCGCGGUCAACUACCAGGGUGUGUUUGCUUUCGAAUGGCGUUGAGGUGUUUGUAAAAGGAGCCAGGUCGGUUCCUUCUGAAGGGUACGUUGGGUCGAGAGAAAUUUUCCAGUGACCAUAUGGCACAAUACCACCAGGAAUAGGUCCAUCUGAAUGAUCUAACAUGGACAAAGUGGUCAUCAGUCUACUGCUUCUGGCAAUGGGAGUAACAACGGUCCAUGCGUGUCCCAAAUACUGCGUCUGCCAGAACCUGUCGGAAUCGCUGGGGACCUUAUGCCCUUCCAAAGGUCUCCUCUUCGUCCCGCCGGAUAUUGACCGCAGAACUGUGGAGCUUCGGCUCGGCGGCAACUUCAUCCUCAAGAUAACCACUCAGGAUUUCGCCAACAUGACCGGCCUUGUGGACCUGACCCUGUCCCGCAACACCAUCGGCGCCAUCCAGCCUUUUUCCUUCAUCGACCUGGAGACACUGCGGUCUCUUCAUCUUGACAGCAAUCGUCUCACGGAGCUGGGACCCGACGACCUGCGGGGUCUGAUCAACCUGCAGCACCUGAUCCUGAACAACAACCAACUGAGUCGGAUUUCCAAAGCAGCCUUUGAUGAUCUUUUACUCACUUUAGAGGAUCUAGAUUUGUCGUACAACAACCUACGCAGCGUGCCUUGGGAAUCCAUCCGCAAGAUGGUCAGCCUUCAUCAACUGAGUCUGGACCAUAACCUCAUCUCCUUCAUUGCCGAAGGGACUUUUACAGACCUGGAGAAAUUGGCACGGUUGGACCUUACAUCCAACCGUUUGCAAAAACUUCCCCCAGACCCAAUUUUUGCACGCUCUCAAACCGGUGUUUUGGCAAGUACUCCCUACGCACCUCCGCUUUCUCUGAGCUUUGGAGGGAACCCACUCCAUUGCAACUGCGAGGUGCUCUGGCUUCGGAGGCUCGACCGGGAGGACGACAUGGAAACCUGUGCUUCACCUACAAGUUUAAAAGGGCGCUACUUCUGGUCUGUUCGUGAGGAGGAAUUUAUUUGCGAGCCUCCCUUAAUCACCCAGCAUACGCACAAGUUGCUCGUGCUCGAAGGGCAAACAGCAAGCCUGCGCUGCAAAGCCGUAGGGGACCCAAUGCCGUCCAUACACUGGGUUGCUCCUGACGACCGUUUGAUAGGCAACUCUUCAAGGUCGACGGUUUAUGAAAAUGGCACUCUGGACAUUACAAUGACGACAUCAAAGGAUUACGGAAGCUUUCUCUGUAUCGCUGCCAAUGCUGCGGGGGAAUCUAUGGCGUCCGUAGAGCUGUCCAUCAUCCAGCUCCCACAUCUGAAUAACGGCACCGACCGAACGGCGCAGCCCAAGUCGGGACUCUCGGAGAUCACCAGCUCCACCAAAGUCAGCAAAGGGGAACCCAAGCCUUUACCAGAGAAGGUGGUUUCCGUGUCGGAGGUGACCGCAGUCUCCGCUUUAAUUAAGUGGACUGUCAGCAAGGCCGCCCCAAAGGUCAAAAUGUAUCAGCUGCAGUACAAUUGUUCCGAGGAUGAAGUGCUCAUUUACAGGAUGAUCCCAAUGACCACCAGGGCUUUCGUCCUCUCCAACCUGGUGCCGGGGAUGCAGUACGACCUCUGUGUUCUGGCCAUCUGGGACGACACCGCCACCACCCUCAUUGCGACCAACAUAGUGGGCUGUGUCCAGUUCACCACCACGGAGGACUACCCACAAUGCCAGUCUCUCCACAGCGGAUUCCUGGGCGGCACCAUGAUCCUGGUCGUCGGUGGCAUCAUCGUGGCCACGCUGCUUGUCUUCAUCAUCAUCCUCAUGGUGCGCUACAAGGUGACCAGCGGCAUCCAAACCAAUAAACUACCUACAGUGAGCAACACCUAUUCCCAGACUAACGGCGGCGUGAACCGGUUUAACGGUGCUCCGCCGCAGGUCAAGUCCACAGUCGUGGUCAUGCGGGAAGAAAUGGUGGAGUUCAAAUGCGGCUCCCUGCAGAGCAGCCUCUCGUCUUCGUCGUCCUCUUCUAACUCUAUAGAAGGCCAAGCCGUGAGAGGGGCGGUCGACCGCUACAGCAUGCAGGCGUCGGAGUGCAGCACGCUCCCCAGCACCAAGUUUAAAAGGCACGGUGCCAAAGCGAGGCCAAACCUGGACAGUUUAUUAGGAGCCUUCACCACGCUGGAGAUGCGAACCGUCGCGAAGGAACACCAGGGGACUUGUGGCCCUUCCCAGACCUCCAGUGCUAUGAUGGCAGUAGCGGUGGCACCCUUGUCCGACAAAGAACCUCUGCUAGGAAGGGCGGAGUCCACCACCAUGCUGGGGCGCCUGCUCGGCAUGCCGCAGGAAGCCAAGCCCAAACGCAGCCACUCAUUCGACAUGGGCCACGUGGGGGCGACGCAGUGUCGAAACUCCCAGCCCCGCAGAAUCAGCAACAUCUGGACUAAACGCAGCAUGUCAGUCAACGGCAUGCUGCUGCAGUUCGAGGACAGCGAGGAUGAAAAGCCCACUUUUGAAAGCGGGGAGUGGGUGAUGGAAAGCACCGUCUGAGUCCAAACCAUGAGCGGAACCGGAGCGGUCGGGGGAUGGGAAUUGCAUGACACUCUACAAUGUGAAUACUGUACAAGUACUGGUGACAAGACACUGAUCAAUGGCUGGUGGUCGUGGAACACUUGAGGGAGUUUCUCUCCCAGGAAGGACUUCGGAAGGAAAUAUGUGGAAACCAAAAGGAUUCUCUUGAACCAAGGUCACGCCCUCAUCUUUGGGAACUGGACUACUAACAGUAGACAAGUCAUUUUUAUUUUCAUGUGUGUUUUGUAUUGUUUUUACUAUUUAUUAUUUGACUCAUCCGCAGACAGAGGUGCAGCUUUCUUCUUUGUGUGUGUGUGUGUGUGUGUGUGUGUGUUUUCGUGAGCAUCCACCGAUUAAAAAAAAGAAAAACCACAGGUGGGAACAAAACCCGAACAAAUUUAAGCACACUUCAAAAACAAUAAUCUCAGUGUGACUGUGGGAGGUACAGGAAGACCAACAUCACAAGCCAAUCUUGAAUGUCUACCUCAAGUUAUUGAGACAUGAGGUUCUUUUCAAUAGAAAGAGAAAUUGACUUCUAAUUUUCAAAAGUGUGUUGCAUUUUUCCCGUCAGUCUGACUCAAACAGUAGAAAGUGGAGCUCAAAUGCUGUAUUUUCACAUCUUACAAUUCGCCUGACUUAAAAAAAAUGUGUUUUAAUAUCAGUUUUGAGGCACUUUUCACUCACAGCUGGAUGUUUUUGAGUCGCUCGAUAAAGUCAGUCGAUCAUCAUGCUAACAACAGACGCAUGUAGCUCAUCAUGUGUCGCAUUCACAACUCUGAAAAGAGCUGAAUUUAAAAAUAGCUUUUCCGUCAUGUUGAUGCCCUUUAAAUUCGGAAGAAUACUGGGGUUGUCUAACAUCUCAUCCUUUGUAUUUUGUUCACCUGAAUGCAAUGCACUUGAGAACAAGCGAAACACCCACUUCCGAAAGUGUUUCAAGUCUUUGUUUCAGAACGUCACGCUGUGGCACAAAUGCCUUUCUGAGUUAUUUGACAUUUUCCUAAGUGGUUGAUGAUGAUCUCAGUGGUCUGGUAGACUGGAGGCCAUUAGAGCGCCGGCUCCCAGGCUGAGUUUAUAUUCAUGAAAGGCAGUCAGUCAUCAGCUUGAAGUCAAAUUCUUACAUUUAUGUUCGAGCCGCUGCCAAACUGAAACAGUUAUUAGUCAGAGUCGAUCGAUCUGUGUUCGCUUUGGCUUUAAAAACAGCUUGAAACAGGAUUGUUUUCCUGCAACUGUUUCCAAAACCAGUCCCUUCACACCCCCCCAACAAUAAUAAUAAUAAUAAUAGUUUAGGUGAGCUAGUUCCUUAAAGUCAAGAGUCCCAAAAAUCGAUCCGAUAAAACACACUUGCUUAA